AUGUACAUGGGACAACUCAAAGCGCAAGAGUCACGGGAGCGGCCGCCACGGUAUCGUGCUAGCUCCCCUUCGCCUGCUAGGUCUGCAUCCCCGUCAGAGCGAAAGGUCAUGAGGGAAGCGGCAAAGGCCGGACAAAAGAAGAAGAAAGAGGACGAGAAAAUAGCGAAGAAGGUGGCCGAUGCUAAGCAGGCAGAGCGCAUCAAAGUUGUGAUCAGCAAGUACGACCCCUUGAAAAAGCAAAUUGUCUGCGGUGAAGAAGAGAAUCCGAAAGAUAAGGAGAUGUACCGUGUGGCCAAGACGUUGAUCUACGACAAAGGAGAACCAAACGAAAUGACAUUUGAUCUGUCAAAAUUCAGUAGUGUAUAG